AUGUCGACCGUCGUCAUUAAGGCGCCGAAUUUGCGCAACCUGCUUGCAGAGCAGCAGGAGUUGUUGCAGACGCUGCCGCACCCCUCAAGCCCGAUUGCCACGUACCUGGCGGCACCGGUGCUACCUCUCACCAGCGUGUACCACUCGCGGGGCGGUGUCGAGUGUAUUGAGGAUCGUUCCGCACGGCAGUCUGGCGAUGAGGAGGGAGAUGCGACGACUGAGCGCCAGCCCUCGCUGCUCACCGACCUUCUCAACGCCGCAUCACAGGUGAGCCUCGACGUGGAAAAGACACUCGAUUUGGCGUACCAGGUGCUCUCCAAGGCUCGUUGUCGCUUGCCAGACCUCAGCGACAACGCACGAGAGUCGCUGGGAAGAAUUAUGGAGCUUGGCGUGUGCUUCAAUGCCCUGCCACCACCGAAACCCACGGCGACACCGCCGCCGGAAAACUAA